GCCAUUUUGACGUGACAGUGUAACAGCGGUGGAAAAGAAAAAUCUAGAAGCCGCAAUUUCGAGAUCGUGUCAGGAUGGGGAAUGUGUUUGCCAACCUCUUUAAAGGGCUGUUUGGGAAGAAGGAGAUGAGGAUUCUCAUGGUGGGACUGGACGCCGCCGGAAAAACCACCAUCCUCUACAAACUCAAACUGGGAGAGAUUGUCACCACCAUUCCUACAAUCGGUUUCAACGUAGAAACAGUAGAAUACAAAAACAUCAGCUUCACUGUGUGGGACGUCGGCGGUCAGGACAAAAUCCGGCCCCUGUGGAGACACUACUUCCAGAACACUCAAGGUCUGAUCUUUGUGGUGGACAGUAAUGACAGGGAGCGGGUGAACGAGGCGCGGGAGGAGCUGUCCAGAAUGCUGUCGGAGGAUGAGUUACGCGACGCCGUUCUCCUCGUGUUUGCCAACAAGCAGGACCUGCCGAACGCGAUGAAUGCAGCUGAGAUCACAGAUAAGCUUGGACUGCAUGCUCUGCGCCAUAGGAACUGGUACAUCCAGGCCACCUGUGCCACCAGCGGAGACGGCCUGUACGAGGGCCUGGACUGGCUCUCCAAUCAACUCAAAAACCAGAAAUGAGCCAUUCCUCACUCUCUCUCUCUGUCUUUCUCUUUCUCUCUCUCUGUGUGUGUGUGUGUGUGUGUGCGUGCGUGAGAGUGUAUGUGUGUGUGAAACACACACACACACGCACACACACUGACAAUGCUGGCCAAAACCUUGACUGACCUCCGGUGACCCCUACACCCCUCUCUCACCCUGCCCAAACCCCACACCCACCCACUUAACCUACCUAUCCAUUCCCUAAAGGGUAAGGCUGCAGUGUGUGUGUGUGUGUGUGUGUGUGUGUGUGUGAGAGAGCGAGCCUGUUUGUAUGCACACGUUCGGUUGUGCACGUGUGUUUACUUCAUGUGUGUGUGUAAGACAGAAUGUACAGUGUGUAAGUGAGAGUGUGUGCAUGGAACAGAAUGAAGGUUUCUCUCUGUCUGUUCAGCUGGGAUUGGGAGCGGACCCUGGUGUGCCUUUAACACACUCCCUGAACCUCCCCCCCCCCCCCCCCCCC